CCUGUGGGCGGGGCUUGGAAGGAAGGGAGGGCGGGGAGAGAGGCGGAAGAGCGGCGCCAUAUUGGAUGGGUCUGGCUGAGGCCAGCACACCGGCUAUAGCCUGGUCUCCGUGAACUAAAAAACUGCAUUUUUGAGACUUCUUGGGGAGGUGUGUGAAAAAAGAAAGAAGAAAUCUCGACCGCCAGCCCACCUGUCCAACCGGCCACCAUGGAUCAGGACUACGAAAGGCGUCUUCUCCGCCAGAUCAACAUCCAGAACGAGAACAUGAUGCCCUCGGUUGCGGACAUGAGGAGAACCCUGACGCCUGCCAACUCCCCCAUCUCGUCCCCCAGCAAACACGGUGACCGGUUCAUCCCCUCUCGAGCGGGGGCCAACUGGAACAUCAGCUUCCACCGGAUCAAUGAAAACGAGAAGUCUCCGAGCCAGAACCGAAAAGCAAAAGAUGCCACCUCCGAUAAUGGCAAAGAUGGGCUCGCUUACUCGGCCUUGCUGAAGAAUGAGCUUUUGGGAGCCGGGAUCGAGAAAGUGCAAGACCCCCAGACGGAGGACAGGCGAUUACAGCCCUCCACGCCCGAAAAGAAGAGCCUCUUCACGUAUUCUCUCACCAUGAAACGCUCCAGCCCAGAUGAUGGCAACGAGGUCUCUCCUUAUUCUCUCUCUCCGGUCAGCAACAAAAGCCAGAAGCUCCUACGGUCUCCCCGGAAGCCAACCAGAAAGAUUUCCAAGAUCCCCUUCAAAGUUUUAGAUGCUCCUGAGCUGCAGGAUGACUUCUACCUGAACCUUGUUGACUGGUCAUCUCUGAACGUCCUGAGUGUUGGUCUUGGGACCUGCGUCUACCUCUGGAGUGCCUGCACCAGCCAGGUAACCCGACUGUGCGACCUUUCGGUGGAAGGCGACUCGGUGACCUCCGUGGGAUGGUCAGAGCGGGGCAACUUGGUGGCGGUCGGGACUCACAAAGGCUUCGUCCAGAUCUGGGACGCGGCGGCCGGGAAGAAGCUGUCCAUGUUGGAAGGUCAUACAGCCAGAGUGGGUGCCCUGGCAUGGAACGCGGACCAGCUCUCUUCCGGCAGCCGGGACCGGAUGAUCCUUCAGCGAGACAUCCGGACCCCUCCGUUGCAGUCAGAGAGGCGCCUCCAAGGACAUCGGCAGGAGGUUUGCGGGCUGAAAUGGUCCACGGACCACCAGCUCCUGGCCUCUGGUGGAAACGACAAUAAGCUCCUGGUCUGGAAUCAUUCCAGCCUCAGCCCCGUCCAGCAGUACACGGAGCACCUGGCGGCGGUUAAAGCCAUCGCCUGGUCCCCCCACCAGCAUGGGCUCCUGGCUUCGGGGGGCGGGACCGCAGACCGGUGCAUCCGCUUCUGGAACACCCUCACCGGGCAGCCCCUGCAGUGCAUCGACACCGGCAGUCAAGUGUGCAACCUGGCCUGGUCUAAGCACGCCAACGAGCUGGUCAGCACUCACGGCUAUUCACAAAACCAGAUUCUGGUCUGGAAGUACCCCUCGUUGACUCAGGUGGCGAAGCUGACGGGACAUUCCUACAGAGUCCUCUACUUGGCCAUGUCACCCGACGGGGAGGCCAUUGUCACGGGCGCAGGGGACGAGACGCUACGGUUCUGGAAUGUCUUCAGCAAAACGCGCUCCACCAAGGAGUCUGUUUCAGUCCUCAACCUUUUCACCCGGAUACGGUAAAAACCUUCCAAGCGAACUGUCUCAUUUGGGGUCGAAAACCACUAACAGCCGGCGUGGAGCCCGAGGCUGCGAGCCGGGGAAAAGGGUGGGUGGGCGGUUGGGGGGGGACCUUUGGUGCGUCAUUCUGUCCAGAGGGGGGGGCGGCGGCUUGGAGAUGCUUAUUAAAUAUCUAUGUACGAAUGCUAUUGGACAUUAUUUGGGGCUCAAGUGGGGACCGGCGGCUCAUCCUCAUCCUUUGGACUUUUUGGAAGACGUUGGAGUGGGAAUAUUGUCUUAAUAUUAUUUUGGGUGUGUGUAUGAGAGAGAGUGUCUGUGCAUGCCUGUUGGACCAGUUUAAAAAAAAAAGCUAGGAUUUCAAGGAAGAAGAGAACUUAAUUGUAAGAUAUUUGCUGCAUUUACAUGGAGACGGAGAAAAAAAGAGAGGAGGGGGACGGAUCAGGAAGAAUAUAUGCAUGGACCCCUCUUCGUACGGGAAGCGUUCCUGGCUUUGAAAGCCGAAAAAGAAAAGAGCCUGUUUUAUUUUUACCCCAAACUGGGGACGCCUUUCCAAUUUCGUCGACUACAACUCCCGUCACUGUGCUGGUGGUGUACCAUGGGAGUUGUGGCUCGACACAUCCAAAGGGAACAACACCGUUUGGAAAGGAAGGGGGAAUCCAGUUUUUGAGCCUUCAGCUCCUGCACAGAAAGGGAACAGGAACGGAUGAAGGCAUUUGUUAAAAGACGGAGAUGCUUCACCAUUAAAGAACGAUAAAUAGAUAUAUGUGUGUAUAUAUAUCUAUAAGUGUGGUUUUUUGUUUGUUUGUUUGCAAAUUCCACUGAAGACCAUGGGAUUCUGUCCUGGCCCGGCUGAGAAUAUUCAGUUUCUUUGUGUGUGUGUGUGUCUAUAUGUGUAUGUCCGUACAGUGAAUAUUCUUACCCAGUGAGUAGGGAACCAAGACGAAGUUCCAUGGAUUUUAGAUCAGCCUAGGGUCUUGGCUUAGGAAAAGCGGAAAAGGAAUGAAAAAGAAAAAGAUACUGAGUUUGUUAUGAUUGUUUUGGAAAUGAGAGACAGACGGGGAACCUAACAUUUUUAAGUUUCGUAAAUGCUGGUGAGUUUUUAUUUAAAAGAGGGGAAUCUUUUUUUUUCUUUUUCUUUCCUUUUUGGUUCAGAUGACGGAAAAAAACACGGACCAAACAGUGUUUUAAACCCAGUUGGCCAUCAGGUCUGGUUCGGGCGCUCCUCGCUCAGGGGUGCGGGAAACCCUCCUUUCCUGGUUGACAAAGCCCAGCAGAAAAAUUGGAAUAUGUACAAACAGAGCACCCAAACGCUGAGAGGGGACGAACGAGCCGGCCGGCCGUCCACCCUGGGGAGGUUUGGUUCGUUCCGGUUUGGUUUCCUCAGCGCCUGGGAAAAGAAGUUUUUUUUGAGGGGAGAACAAAAAGCAGAUUAAAGGGCUUUUUAAAAAGAAGAGUUUCUUAUACAGUAUUAUCAAAGAAACAGGAGUGUGUUUGAUAGGAUCCAGGGCAGGGAAAACACUUUGUGUGUUUCUGUGUGCAAACUGGAGAGAUAGUGGCACUUAUAUUUUUGAGCAUUUCUUUUAAAAAUUGAAGCUUUUUUGGCUUUGCUGAUCACCACGGCCGGUAAAGAUUGGGCUUCCCACGGCGCGGUCGUGGCUCCCCCCUUUUCCGUCCGCACCCCUUCGGCAAACCGGCUUUUUAUUUUCCUUCUGUCGGGAGCAGCCUCCCCCCCCCACACGCUCCAGCCAGCCUCUGUGGGAUCUCCCCAUUUCGGCCGCUGGGUAGCCAAAUCCUGCAGGGAGGCUCCACCGAGGCUGUGCUGGAGUUGGUCUCCUGCGUGGGAUCAUGUAUUGGGGGGGGGGAUUUUCCUUCGUGGAGAACGUUUCGCACCUCCCUAGAAAUCUGCUGAGGUGCAGAAGGGAGCGCGUCCGCAUAGGGUGUGAGUGUGUGAGGGAUCCAUCAGAAAAGUGGAUCCAAAAUUCAGAGUGUGUCAGCUUUUUUCAAAGGGGGGGGAACAGGCGGCAUUUGGCCAGCUGCGUGUUGUUGUUUUUUGGUCUUUGGCGUGAAGUGGCCAGCCAGCCUGCAGGAGAGCUCUCCGAGAUCCAUCACUCUGGUGCAACUGAAUCCGGCCAUGAACGAGAUUUUUUUUCCCCCAGGGACUGUCAACAUCCCAAGAAAACUCCGUUUUUCUCUCUCCUAGAUUGCUGAACUUCCCAUAAAGAGGUGUUUCCCCCCCCCCCGUCUUGAGAUGGGCCAUAAAAGCUACACUUGCCUGUUUCUGAACAAAUAAAGGGCCCACCAUUAAGCUGCCUUCUUCCCUCGCUUCUGUGUGUAAAUAAAACAACCCUCCCAAGGGAGUGGGGUGGGUGGGUUAGGGUGAGUUUGUCCCCUAAUGUGUGUUCUUCCCAAUUUGGGGGGUGGUGGUUGCGGGUUGCCUGCUAUGUGUUUUGUGUGUCCCAUACCGAUACCCAGGAUGCGUUUUUGUAAGAGGGGGUUGAGGGUCCGUCCCCCCGACAUUAUCCACCAAGCCUUGUCAACUUGACGUUGUAAAAUUUAAUGUAUUUGGCAUUAAAAAGAUUCGUGAAUUUCAAA